CGCCUCGAUCCCAGCCCGGAUGUCGACGCCUACUGGCGGCGGCUGACAGGCAACGACACAGCGAUCCUGCUGCUCGCCACGGAAGACGACGUGCGCGCUGCCGGCCGCGACCCCGCGACGGCGGUGCAGGUGCCCGAGGAAUUUGGGUACGGCCCGAGGCGCUACCCAGCAGCGCCGCACACGAUGCACGCACUGCACUGCCUCAACGCGCUGCGCAAGAUGGCACACGGCCACGCCGACCACGACGAUGAUUCGAUUUUCGCGACGCUGCACCGCCGCCACUGCGUCGACUCGCUGGCCGAGCUGAUCACGUGCAAGGCGAGCACGGCGGUGACGUUCUUCGAGUGGAUGGAGGACUGGCUGGUGCCGUACCACGACCUGCGACACCAGGAGGAGUGCGACGACUUC